CUGGCGCGCUCAUGUGAUGAGAUCUUACACUGAUAUGCUGCUGUUAGUUCCUCACAGGCUUGAAGAUGAACGUGUUGUUUUUACCGGUUCUGUUUGCCGUUCUGUAUCACGUGCAUACAUUGCCAUUGCACACUGAAGAAGAUGAGUAUCAUUUCAAAUCAUGGAUGUCUCAGUAUAACAAAAAAUACGAGAUAAAUGAAUAUUACCAGCGACUACAGAUAUUCCUGGACAACAAGAAGAAGAUCGAGCGCCAUAAUGCAGGAGACCAUAUGUUUUCAAUGGGACUGAAUCAUUUUUCAGACAUGAGCUUUACUGAAUUUAAAAAGUCCUUCCUCCUGACAGAACCUCAGAACUGCUCCGCCACUAGAGGGAAUCAUCUGAGCAGUAAUGGGCCUUAUCCUGAUAUGAUUGACUGGAGAACGAAAGGAAACUAUGUAACUAAUGUCAAAAACCAGGGAGCUUGUGGUAGCUGCUGGACUUUUUCCACCACAGGCUGUCUGGAGUCUGUCACUGCUAUAGCCACAGGGAAACUCCUACAACUAGCAGAGCAGCAGCUUGUAGAUUGUGCAGGUGCUUUCGACAAUCAUGGCUGCAGUGGUGGCCUCCCAAGUCAUGCCUUUGAGUACAUCAUGUACAACAAAGGUCUCAUGACAGAGCAAGACUACCCCUAUAAGGCUAAAGAAGAUGAAUGCAGAUUCAAACCAGAGUUGGCUGCUGCCUUCGUGAAAGAUGUUGUAAACAUAACAAAGUAUGAUGAAAUGGAGAUGGUGGAUGCUGUGGCCAGGUUGAACCCUGUCAGCUUUGCAUAUGAGGUGACAUCUGAUUUCAUGCACUACAAAGAUGGAAUAUAUACCAGCACAGCUUGUCAUAACACUACUGACAAGGUGAACCAUGCAGUGCUUGCAGUGGGCUAUUCCGAGCAGAAUGGAACCCCAUAUUGGAUAGUGAAGAACUCCUGGGGACCCUACUGGGGAAUUAACGGAUAUUUUUACAUUGAGAGGGGAAAGAACAUGUGUGGACUUGCUGCGUGUUCAUCCUAUCCUUUACCUUUGGUCUAAAUAAAUGAAAUGUAUUUUUUUAAACCAUAAAAAGUGAGACAAGUUAUUACAUUUUACUCUCACACAGAAUCAUUUUAUGCAUAAUGGACAACAUCUUCAGAAAUGAGUUGUAGUCUAUACUAGCUGUCGGUAAAUAAGUUAAAUUAAAUUAAUUAUUCACAUUCAUUUAAAACAUUCAAUGACACUCGAUUGGCUAUUAAUAUGUCUAAUUUUGUUUUUAAAGUUGUCUGCUUUGUUAAAAUCUAAGGUUUUGUAAAAAAAAUGUAUGUUUGCAACCAAAACUAUUGCACUGAAAUAAAUAUUUUCUAAGGGA